AUGAGAAUAGAUGUGAAACUUAUGUUCUUCAUACUUAUGCUUCCUAUUGUGUUAAUGAAAGCGGAAGUAAAUCUCUGGGGAGACUUAGAUGGUUUUCGAAAAAUACUCAAUUAUAUAUUUCCUAAGGAUCCAGGUAUUACAAGAGUAAGGAAAUCGGAAGAAGUCAAAACAGUCAACAAUGUAACCACAUUAGAUUUUAUCGGUUUAGUAGAGAGAUACGGUUAUUCCGCCGAGGAGCAUUAUGUCACAACGGAAGAUGGUUAUAACUUGGUAAUACACAGGAUAUCAGAAAGUCCUUUAUUUAAGGGUCAACAGACAAGAAAAAUUGUAUUUCUCCAACAUUCUUUCUUGACCACGUCUGAUACAUGGGUGUUGAUUGGCCCUAACCGAGAUCUUGCAUUUCUGUUAGCUGAUCAAGGAUAUGAUGUAUGGCUUGGAAAUGUCAGGGGAAAUUCUUAUUGUAGAUCGCAUAUAAAAAUGUCUCCACAAAAUAAGGAUUUUUGGCAAUUUAGCUAUCACGAGAUGGGAACGAGAGACUUACCAGCUAUGAUCGAUUAUGUACUUAAUUACACGAAACAAAAAACUCUACGCUACAUUGGUCACUCAAUGGGAACUACUGUAUUCUUCAUUUUAUUAUCCAUGAGACCCGAAUACAAUGCAAAA